AUGCAAGAACAUUAUAAUCGUUGCUACUUAAAAAGUUCUAACAAUAACAAUAGUGAAACACCAAAUCAAAAAGAGCUAGAAAGUUUAUUAGCACGUGAGUUUUAUUCUGCUAGUAUUUCAUUUAAUAUCUUGGAAAAUGAUGAUAUAAAGGCUUUUUUUUCAAGAGCGAUACCAUAUUUUAAAUUACCUACACGUAAUUCUCUUUCAAAUUCUCUUCUUACUAAAGAGUAUUCUAGUAUGCAAACUGUUGUUAAUCAUUUAUUAGAUGAAACACAAUUUUUAUGUCUUGUAACAGAUGGUUGGUCAAAUAUUCAUAAAGAUUCUAUAAUUAAUUAUAUGAUUACGACUCCAAAACCACUUUUUUACAAAUCUGUAUAUACAAAAGAAGAUAAACAUAUGGCACAAAAUAUUGCAGAAGGAAUAGAUAAGGCAAUGCAAGAACUUGAUAUCAACAAGUUUGUAGCUAUGAUUACAGAUAAUGCACCUAAUAUGAAGGCUGCUUGGUGUAUUUUAAAAAAUCAAUAUCCAUCUAAAAUCAAAGAUAUUAUGAAACUAGACUGGCCAAAAAGUAUUUUAGCAACUAGUAAAGAUAUUAUCAAUUAUUUUCGUAAUCAUAAUAUACUAUUAGUAGCACUUCGUCGUCUUCAAAUAGAAAAAUAUAGACAUAUAAUUGCUUUAGUACAAAUGGUAGAUACACGUUGGGGAUCUGCAUUUUAUUGUAUGGAUCAUUUGUUACAAACCAAAAAUGCUAUUCAUUCAUUAUUAAUAGAAGAAAGCAUAGAAAUUAGCUCUGAUAUUAAAAUUCAUUUAAUGAAUGAUCUUUUUUGGCAAAAUCUUAAACAUCUCUGUAACUAUUUGGAACCUUUUGUCAAAUUUAUUUAUGAAUUAGAAAGUGAUGUGCCACUUUUAUCUGCAGUAUUUUUUAAGUUGCACCAACUAGAAACAACAAUACGUAAUAAUGAUCAAAUUCCAACUAUAGUAAUUACAGAGAGUAUAAAUUUAGUAAGACAACGUUGGAAUGAUUUUUUAUAUAAUCUAGCAACUAUGGUAGCAUACAAGUUAGAUCCACGGUAUUGUGGAAAAAUUUUAAAUGCCAAAAAAUGGGAUACACCAAUUGAAAGGGAGUUAAUACGUCUUGCUGGACCAGAGAAUGAGGAUCAAGUUUUAGAAGAACUUUUAGAAUUCGUAGGAAAAACUAGUGGAUUUUCACCUAAUUAUUUGUGGGGUUCUUUAAAAGAAAAACCAUAUAAUUGGUGGAAUUUAAUGAAAGCUCGAUAUUCAGUAUUAAGUAAUGUAGCAUUGAAAUUACUUUCAAUACCUGCUACGUCAGCUUCAAAAUUAAGAGGUAAAGGCUAUUUAAUUGAAGACAACGAUAUUAACUUAGAAUCAAAUGAAACUGAAUUAGUUGAAGAAAGUAAUUUAGAUGUUUUUUUAUCAGAUAGCUCGUCAUAUAUAGAUAGUAUGGAUUAUACUUAUAAAAUUAGCAAUGUAGAUAUGAACGAAAAUAUAGAUAAUUUGGAUAGUAUUGAUAAUUUGAGCAAUAUAAAUAAUAUGG